GGGCCCCUGGGCUCCUGGGAGCCACCACCUCCUGUGCUUCAGGGCACUGGGCCUUGGCCUUGUCCCGCCCAGGGCCGGACACCCGGCUGCUGCACACGGCCCGCAGGGACUGCCUUAGUCGCCAGGGACCCAACAGAGCCACUGAGCCAGGAGGCAGUGUCAACAGCACAGAGAAAAAGCUAAGCAAAUCACAGCAGCUGAAGAAGGUCUUCCAAGAAUACGGGGCUGUGGGCGUGUCGCUGCACAUUGGGAUCUCCCUGGUCUCCUUGGGGAUAUUUUACACAGUGGUUUCCAGUGGCGUCGACAUGUCUGCACUCCUGCUUAAGCUUGGCUUUAAAGAGUCGCUGGUGCAAUCCAAAAUGGCAGCAGGCACCAGCACAUUCGUGGUGGCCUAUGCCAUCCACAAGCUGUUUGCACCUGUGAGGAUCAGCGUCACCUUGGUCUCUGUGCCCUUCCUUGUCAGGUACUUCCGCAGAGUGGGCCUCUUUAAACCUCCAGCUGCCAAGCCAUGAUGAAGCCAGUUUCUUCUGAGCAACAGGACUUUGGGUUGGUGUCAGGGUGGGCGGCGGGGGGCAGAGGCUAAUUGUUGUGUUCCUUGUGGGUUAAUUUUACUUUUGCCAGCAAAAAUCAGGCGUCUUAAUUUACUUUUUCUUUUUCUUUUUUUUUUUUUUUUUUAAUGAUCCUCAAAGAGCCAUGUAUGUGACUUAAAAUGUCACCUAGGCUUCACAAUAAAUCAGGUGUGGUGGUGCAGGCCAGUAAAGCCAACUACUGAGAAGGCUGAGGCAGGAGCAUCUCAAAUCAAGGCCUGUUGGAGCUACUGGGCUUAGGGUCAACAGAGAAGACAGGGCUGAAGGCAUUAGCAGUAGAGCCCUCACCUGGCAUGCAAAGGGCCUAGAUUUGAUCCCAGUACAAAAAGAGACCACCUACAAAAUGCUCCUUCUAGGUCAUUAGACUGGAGUCUGUGGCAGUGCCCCAUGGGUCUAACCUCUGCUCAGGUUCUUAAGAAGCAAUGGUUAAUUUGCUGGCUUUUUAAACUCCCUCUCCCCUGAUUUGUCACUGGCAGCAACCUGUAGUUUAACACACAGUAUUCUGUAGACAGCUGCCAGCACUACAAUUAGUGAAGCAAAAAUUAACAAUCCGUAAUCAUAAUCUACAUUAGCUCCAAGCCCUUGACACUCACAAUGAUUGCUUCAGGGAAAGCGAGCCAGGAACUUCAGGUGGGCUUCACGGACUCUGAAGCACCUGCGUGUCUGCAUGUGCUGGGACUGCUUGUCUGAAAUCUCAUUGAUAGGGGGCAGAAUCGUAAAACAUAGAAACGCUGCCCAGUCCUCAUGUCAUCACUUGGCUCCUAACACCCGUGUUUAGGGGAACUCAGAUUCUCACAGGGAAGCUGGAAGCAUCCUAGCUUUCUUAGACAAUCCACUUAGCUAUCUAAAACUUGAGACAUUCCAGAACUGACACGAUGUUUACAGUGUGCCACUGUCUAAGUUUUUUAAUUGAAUUAAGUAAUAUGCAUGAAGUGUUUAUAUACCACUUUCAAAAAAGUGGAAAAUAUUGUUUGUUCAAAAUGCAAGACAACCAUGAAGUACCACAAGCCGAGGGGAUGAGAGAUGUCUUAUUGGGUUUUAUUGCUGUGGUGAAACACCAUAACCAAAAGCAACUUAGGGCAAAAAGUGUUGACUUCACUCACAGGCCCAUGUAACAGUCCAUCAUCAGAAGGAACCUGGAGGCAGGAGCUGAUGCAGAGGCCAUGGGGGGAGCUGCCUACUGCCUUGCUCCUCAUGACUUGCUCAGCCUGCUUUCUUACAGAACCCAGGACCACAGCCCAGGGAUGACCCCACCCAUGAUGGACUGGGCCCUCCCCAUCAGUCAUUUAAGAAAAUGCUUGCCCGCAGCCCAGAUCCUCUGGAGGCAUUUUCUCAAUUGAGCUUCCCUCCUGAUGACUCUGCCUGUCAUCAAGUUGACAUAGAACUGGCCAGCACAAGAGAGCUGGUGUAACUGCAGUCCACCACAGGAGGGUAAGUGUAGAGGAAGGUCAGAGUAGAAACUAAAGCAGAGGCUCAGACUGAGGCUGCCUCCUCCAGGAAGCCAGGAGCAGCUGGAGCAGAAAUUGGCUCCAUCACUCAGCCCUCCGCCCUGUGCAGGCUGCCCUUGGGCCUUUGUUAUGUCAGAUCCAAAGGAAAGUCCAAUUCCCCAAACCCCAAAAGACAGUCCAAAUAUCCAGAAAUGGGUUCAGCCUGGACUACAGGAUUUCUGGUAGUUAGACAAAGCCAGGAUUCCUCAGGAACUUGUAAAACCGGUUCCCCUCUACCAAAAGGAGUCAUUUCCCUUACUUGACAGAAGGGACAUAUGGCUACCUGUGGCACCUAUCAGCUGUCAAAGCUCAUGCUGGUAUCAUAAGCAUCUGACACACGUUUCUAAGUCCCUGCUAGCGUCCAGCUCUUCUCUCCUCCUUUUCCUGAAACUCCUUUGGGCCCACAGGGUUCCCUUCCCCCAGCUGCUCAACCUUGUCAUGAGGCUAGCUACUCUUCCUCUUCUUGGCUCCCACUACUAUGGUCUCGCUAUUCUCUUAAUGCAGGCUUUCACUGACUUAACAUCAGGAUGCAUUACAGAAACUAAUCCCAAUGACAGCCAGGUAGCUGAGCAAGAUGUCCCAGUCAAGACAGGUGAUGCCUUGUGUGGACUAGAUGGGCCUCUCCAUUGCCGGGGUGGAUCCCCACCCAUCCUACUCUCCCACUCAGGUCCCUAAGUAACACCUAUGCAAAGAAACACAUUGAAAAUAGCAAUAAAAAUACAAAUUGUACAGCAUGGUCUUCCAAGCCAAACCCCACUCUCAUGCCUGUGCCCACAGCCAGAACCAGGGAUGAGUUGAGAGGCUGAGAGACUAAAGCACUAUAUAAACAAAGCUACGAAAGCAGAUCUGCUCCCGUUAUCCUUAGCGGUGACCUGGAGCAAGGAAACUAUUUUAAAAUGUGAGCCAUUGUUUGCCUGUAGUUUUCUAAACAGACCAAGUGAACAGCUUAAGAUUCUGUGAAACCAAUAAAAAUCUUUGUAAAAUGGU